GUACUGUUCGUGUUGUACCGUGUUCCGUGAUGACACCCGCGUGAAAAAAGCAAAAAAAAAAAAGAAUCUCUAACAUGUAUAUAUACUUACUAAUGGUACACAAUAUGAUAUGUAAAAAAUAAAAUCAGAAAAAUCACGAUAAUGGUGCGUUAGACACAUCGAUCGUUUCGAUCUCGCGAAUUUAUCAUAUCUUCGAAUGAUUGUUGCGAAUAGUUUACGAAAAACGUGUUCUAUUGGUGAAGUGUUGUUCCCGAACAAAUCUCGCGCACCGCGUAUCAAUAAACCCUCGGGCCCGGCCUAGUCCACCGAGUCGCCGCAACAGGGUCUAUAUCAGCUCCGCAAUCUCGUGAGUACGCAUCUUUGGCCGGAUAUCAUCGCCCGCUGUCGAGAUGAUGGACUCUCCGACCACACCACCAGGCUAUAUGUCUGAAGAUGGUGACAAUAAUGAAUCUCAUAGUAUGAGUCCUAAUCCUACAGUCAUGGGAGUACUCGAUACACAACCUGUCUUGUAUUGUGAACCUGUUUUUUGGUGUUCAAUUAGUUAUUACGAACUUAAUACUAGGGUCGGGGAGACUUUCCAUGCUUCUCAACCUUCAAUAUCAGUGGAUGGAUUUACAGAUCCUAGUAAUUCAGAACGAUUUUGCUUGGGUUUAUUGUCCAACGUAAAUAGAACAAAUGUAGUUGAACAGAUUAGGCGACACAUUGGUAAAGGUGUACGACUUUAUUAUAUUGGAGGAGAAGUAUUUGCUGAAUGCCUAAGUGAUUCCAGUAUUUUCGUUCAGUCACCUAAUUGUAAUCAAAGAUAUGGAUGGCAUCCAGCCACUGUUUGUAAAAUACCUCCAGGGUGUAACUUAAAAAUCUUCAACAAUCAAGAAUUUGCAUCUCUUUUAUCUCAAUCAGUGAGUCAAGGUUUUGAAGCUGUUUAUCAAUUAACUCGUAUGUGCACAAUACGUAUGUCUUUCGUCAAGGGAUGGGGUGCUGAGUACAGGCGACAGACAGUCACAUCUACACCAUGUUGGAUUGAACUGCAUCUAAAUGGACCCUUGCAAUGGUUGGACAGGGUUCUUACACAAAUGGGCUCACCCCGCUUAACAUGCAGUUCUAUGUCAUGAUUUAACUAAAACUCAAACCCACCUUUAAUAUUAUUUUAAUUUUAAUUAUAAAUGUAUAUAACCCUUGGAAUGGCUGUCUAGUGUAAGGUCGUGAAUUAAAUCUGUAUUUAACCCAAUUGACUUAUUAAACAGUGUAUUGAUUUUAUGUUUUUCUAAGUAAUGUGACAAAAAACAUUUGUACCAAAAUGUUAGUGAUAGAUGUUUAGAGUUCUUAUUGAAUAAUA